CUUUUGGUAAGUGUCCUGGGAAGGCAUUUGUUUAAGUUUAGGUGUCUAAUGGAUACUAUUCUCUGGGCCUGCUACUUGCUCUUCUUCUCAUUCCUCACUUUUAAAAAGAUAAUUUAUACUCCAAGCACUGUCUAAUGGAGAUAUAAUACCAGCCACAAAUAUAAUUUAAAAUUUUAUAAUAGCCACAUUAAAAAGAAGCAGGUGAAAUUCAUUUUCAUAAUUUAUUUAACCCAAUAUGUAUAAAAUAUUACCAUUUCAACAGGUGAGUGAUCUAAAAAUUACUGGGAUGUUUUACAUUCUCUUCUUAUACUACUGUGUAUUUCUUUUCAAAAUCUGGUGUGCAUUUUACACUUAUAGCACCUCUCAACCUGGACUAGCCUCAUUUCACAUGCUCAGUAGCCACGUGUGGCCUGUGGCCUUCAUAUUGAAGAGUGCAGGUCUGUACAGACAUGCAUGCUUAUCUGACCUGCAUGCUAAUUCGUUUAUUGCAUGGGUGUGUGUGUGUGUAACCAGUUUGUAUGUGAGAAUUAGUGUCCCCCUGUUUUGGAGCAGACAUGUGGACCACGUGAUGGACUUUUGAAGGAAAUGGCACCAAGAGUGAUGUCCAGAGCCACUUGAUGAGUAUCUGUUGAAGAGAUGCACAUGGCAGGGGCUGUCUGGCUGCCUCAGGGCCACUGUUGUCUGCUCAGCUCUAUUUGUAGCAGCAUCUUAUCUUUCUGUGGGGGAAACGUGAACUAAUAUGUCCAAGUGAUUAGUUCUGGGUCUCCCUGUUUCACACUUCCUUUGUACGGCUGAUCCAGGGGAGCUUUUGUGGUGGCUAGCAUCCAUAAUGACCAAAGAUGAGAUCUUAAGAGAUAUUUUUGUCCUGGGAUUUCGUUAUCCAUAGCUCUAUGUUUCUUCUUGUCCCCACAGUGAUGCACCAUGCCAAUAGUGGAUAAGUUGAAGGAGGCCCUGAAACCCGGCCGCAAGGACUUGGCUGAUGAUGGAGAACUGGGGAAGCUUCUUGCCUCCUCUGCCAAGAAGGUCCUUUUACAGAAGAUCGAGUUCGAGCCAGCCAGCAAGAGCUUCUCCUACCAGCUGGAGUCCUUAAAGAGCAAAUAUGUGUUGCUCAACCCCAAAACAGAGGGAGCUAGUCGCCACAAGAGUGGAGAUGACCCACUGGCCAGGAGACAGGGCAGUGAGCACACAUAUGAGGGCUGUGGUGACGGAGUCCCAGCCCCGCAGAAAGUGCUUUUCCCCACGGAGCGACUGUCUCUGAGGUGGGAGCGGGUCUUCCGUGUGGGCGCAGGACUCCACAACCUUGGCAACACCUGCUUUCUCAAUGCCACCAUCCAGUGCUUGACCUACACACCACCUCUAGCCAACUACCUGCUCUCCAAGGAGCAUGCUCGCAGCUGCCACCAGGGAAGCUUCUGCAUGCUGUGUGUCAUGCAGAACCACAUCGUCCAGGCCUUCGCCAACAGCGGCAACGCCAUCAAGCCCGUCUCCUUCAUCCGAGACCUGAAAAAGAUCGCCCGGCACUUCCGCUUUGGGAACCAGGAGGACGCGCAUGAGUUCCUGCGGUACACCAUCGACGCCAUGCAGAAGGCCUGCCUGAAUGGCUGCGCCAAGUUGGAUCGUCAAACGCAGGCUACUACCUUGGUCCAUCAAAUUUUUGGAGGGUAUCUCAGAUCACGUGUGAAGUGCUCCGUGUGCAAGAGCGUCUCGGACACCUACGACCCCUACUUGGACGUCGCGCUGGAGAUCCGGCAAGCUGCGAAUAUUGUGCGUGCUCUGGAACUUUUUGUGAAAGCAGAUGUCCUGAGUGGAGAGAAUGCCUACAUGUGUGCUAAAUGCAAGAAGAAGGUUCCAGCGAGCAAGCGCUUCACCAUCCACAGAACAUCCAACGUCUUAACCCUUUCCCUCAAGCGCUUUGCCAACUUCAGCGGGGGUAAGAUCACCAAGGAUGUAGGUUAUCCGGAAUUCCUCAACAUACGUCCGUAUAUGUCCCAGAAUAAUGGUGAUCCUGUCAUGUAUGGACUCUAUGCUGUCCUGGUGCACUCGGGCUACAGCUGCCAUGCCGGGCACUAUUACUGCUACGUGAAGGCAAGCAAUGGACAGUGGUACCAGAUGAAUGAUUCCUUGGUCCAUUCCAGCAAUGUCAAGGUGGUUCUGAACCAGCAGGCCUACGUGCUGUUCUAUCUGCGAAUUCCAGGCUCUAAGAAAAGUCCCGAGGGCCUCAUCUCCAGGACAGGCUCUUCCUCCCUUCCCGGCCGCCUGAGUGUGAUUCCAGAUCACUCCAAGAAGAACAUCGGCAAUGGGAUUAUUUCCUCCCCACUGACUGGAAAGCGACAAGACUCUGGGACGAUGAAGAAGCUGCACACCACUGAAGAGAUUGGUGUGCCCAUAUCCAGGAAUGGCUCCACCCUGGGCCUGAAGUCCCAGAACGGCUGUGUUCCUCCAAAGCUGCCCUCGGGGUCCCCUUCCCCCAAACUCUCCCAGACCCCCACACACAUGCCAACCAUCCUAGAUGACCCUGGAAAGAAGGUGAAGAAGCCAGCUCCUCCACAGCACUUUUCCCCCAGAACUGCUCAGGGGCUGCCUGGGACCAGCAACUUGAGUAGCAGCAGACCUGGGAGCCAAAGGCAGGGCUCCUGGGACAGCAGGGAUGUUGUCCUCUCUACCUCACCUAAGCUCCUGGCUACAGCCACUGCCAACGGGCAUGGGCCGAAGGGGAACGACGAGAGCACUGGCCUCGACAGGAGGGGCUCCAGCAGCUCCAGCCCAGAGCACUCGGCCAGCAGCGACUCCACCAAGGCCCCCCAGACCCCCAGGAGUGGAGCGGCCCAUCUCUGCGAUUCUCAGGAAACAAACUGUUCCACCACUGGCCACUCCAAAACGCUGCCAAGUGGAGCAGAUUCUAAGACGGUGAAGCUGAAGUCCCCUGUCCUGAGCAGCACCACCGCUGAGCCUGCAAGCACCAUGUCUCCUCCACCAGCCAAAAAACUGGCCCUUUCUGCCAAGAAGGCCAGCACCCUGUGGAGGGCGACCGGCAAUGACCUCCGUCCACCUCCCCCCUCACCAUCCUCCGACCUCACCCACCCCAUGAAAACCUCUCACCCCGUCGUUGCCUCCACUUGGCCCGUCCAUAGAGCCAGGGCUGUGUCACCUGCUCCCCAAUCAUCCAGCCGCCUGCAGCCCCCCUUCAGCCCCCACCCCACAUUGCUGUCCAGUACCCCCAAGCCCCCAGGGACAUCAGAACCACGGAGCUGCUCCUCCAUCUCGACGGCCCUGCCUCAGGUCAACGAGGACCUUGUGUCCCUUCCACACCAGCUGCCAGAGGCCAGUGAGCCCCCCCAGAGCCCCUCUGAGAAGAGGAAAAAGACCUUCGUGGGAGAGCUCCAGAGGCUGGGCUCAGAGACGCGCCUCCCACAGCACAUCAGGGAGGCCACUGCGGCUCCCCACGGGAAGAGGAAGAGGAAGAAGAAGAAGCACCCGGAGGACACAGCUGCCACUGCCCUGCAGGAGGGGCAGACACAGAGACAGCCUGGGAGCCCCGCGCACAGGAGGGAGGGCCAGGCACAGCUGCCCGCCGUCAGAUGGCAGGAAGAUGGCACACAGCCACAGGUGAAUGGCCAGCAGGUGGGAUGUGUUACGGAUGGCCACCACGCGAGCAGCAGGAAGCGGAGGAGGAAAGGAGCAGAAGGUCUUGGUGAAGAAGGCGGCCUGCACCAGGACCCACCUUGGCACAGCAGCCGCUCUCCCAUGGGUGACGGGGAUCCAGAGGCCAUGGAAGAGUCUCCAAGGAAAAAGAAAAAGAAAAAAAGAAAGCAGGAGCCACAGCGGGCGGUAGAAGAGGAUGGGCAUCUCGAAGGCCCAAGGAGUGCCAAGCCCCCAGAUGCUGCUGUCGCUGAGUCCAGCAGCCGCGCACCAUCUGCAAAUGGCUGGUGUCCUGGGGACCGCAUGGGGCUGAGCCAGGCCCCUCCUGUGUCUUGGAAUGGAGAGCGGGAGUCUGAUGUGGUCCAGGAACUGCUCAAAUACUCAUCUGAUAAAGCUUACGGGAGAAAAGUUCUGACCUGGGAUGGCAAGAUGUCGGCGGUCAGUCAGGAUGCUAUUGAAGACAGCAGACAGGCCCGGACUGAGACCGUGGUUGAUGACUGGGACGAAGAGUUUGACCGAGGGAAGGAAAAGAAAAUUAAAAAAUUUAAGAGAGAGAAGAGGAGAAACUUCAACGCCUUCCAGAAACUUCAGACUCGACGGAACUUCUGGUCUGUGACUCACCCGGCAAAGGCUGCCAGCCUCAGCUAUCGUCGCUGAUUGCCCCUGUGGAAGGAGCCUCCUGGAGACAAGGCGUCCCUUUCUGGGAGCUGUCAGUCUGGAUCUGAGGGAGCCCUCUAUGUGGGCUCUGCUGUGCUGUGAGCCUGUCACGGUAGGAGCUCUCCCGGUACCAGUGUCCACAGACCACCCAACGUAGAGGCUUUGAGGCUUCUCUAGAUCGGAACCUCUUUGGUGACAUUCCUGACCAGCCCUGCAAGAGAAACGACAGUGUGUGUGUGAGCAGAGGUGGCUGCACGCCUGCUGGACAUCUUUGCCGGGUUGUGCCUUCUCGUGUUUCAUAGACAGUGGUCUGUGCUGGCAGAGGCUACUGCCCCUGGUUGGGGCUAUCAAGAGAGUGGGGGAUGGUGGCCACACGUCCCCCAGGUGGUCUCCCGGUGCAUAGCUGGUGGCUCUGGGCAAGCCCUCCCUUGCUUCUCGGGGCUGACGCCACCAUUGUGUCCGAGCCCGCCCUCCCCUGCUUCCUCGGUGGGGCCCCUUCAUCUGUUGGCCUUACCUGUCCUCAGAAAGGAAGAGCUGACCCCACCCAGCCCCCUCUCCCUUUUAUGGAACUCGAGAGGGUGGCCCUACUGUGCACCCCUUCCUUGUGAGUAACUCUCAACUGUCCUGGAGUGCAGAGGCUGUUUGGGGUGGGAGGAGCCCUCGAUACCUGCGAAUACAUCUGCUUUCCAGGCUGCUGUUUAUUCUGAGACGACUGUGCUGUAGCUUCCCUUGCAGCUGCAAUAACCCGCAGGUCUUCACUGAGGUGGAGGCCUUGGGGUAGAAUUCUCCAUUUAUUUUACUACUUAAUACAAAACAUUUAUUUUUGACCAGUCCUGUGGCUUCCAUUAGCAAUAUGUUUCCUUUCCCAAAUAUGCAAAUAGUGGCUUUGUUUGCUCAAUUUUGUGAGUGCUUUGGAAUUUAAAUGAUUGUAUAACUCAAGAAGAUUACUUUUCUAUCUUGCUCAAGCUGUGCCUGCCAACUUGUAAUUUAAUAAAUACAGGAAAUCCUCAGAGAAGGUGAUAUUUUCAAGAAAAAGACAGAUGCCCUCAUAGUAGUGGGAAGUGUGAAGGUGACCGUGAACAUCCUUCCUCAUCGAGUCUGUCCCCGUCGUUUCCUCCCGGAGUCGUCGCAGGUGGAGAUGGAUGUGGUGUUGUACUUAGACCUCCUUCAGUGUGGCUCUGCUGGGCCAGAGGCGUCCUGCUGUCCCGGGUGGCUGCCCCGCUGUCUGCACCCCCUCUCCCUGGGGCAGCUUUGCUUCCUGCCCCUGGGCUUGGGGCCUGGGGGGUUACUGGCAUGUAGAUGGAAUCGCUUUUUUAAUAUGGGAAGAUACAUUUAUUUUUUUCCAUGUGGGUGGGUGUCUCUUUUUGGAUUUUCUUCUGUUUUUACGUUUCUCUUCUUAGAAGGGUGGGAGAGAAUCAAGCUCCUGCGGCCACCUCUGUCCCAGCAGCAGUGAGUGGAGGUCUGCCUUGAGCUGCUCAGGGUGCCCUCUCCUGCGGACCGAUCUCUGAAUGUUCAAAGAUGAGGGCCUGGCUUCCGUGCUCUGGCUUUGUAACUUAUCUGGGAGGGAAAACACAUGCCUUCACGGACAGUGUAUGUUCCUUUUCUUCUCGGGGUGUUGACUUGCAUUCCUGUGUGAACUGUUCCCUCUGCCAUGUUUUUCAUGUAAUGUUCUGUAGUUGAAAAUGUUAGUUGUCUGCUAGCACAGAAUUUAUCUCCUUCCUUUCUCUCCCUUCUCUCCUCCAAAUCAGUCUCUUCCCUUCUCCACUAGUUAACUGUAAAACCUUUUCCUGAGGUACAUAUAUUCGUUAACUCUUGGGCAGUGGUGAGCACGAGAUGACUUUCUGCAGCGUUUAUCACUGUUGGGUGGAGUCACGUCCCUUCCCUCCACAGAAGUCAUCAACCAGAUAGGGAAGGGAAAGAUGAGGCCCAGAAAACGAGUUCAAACUCUAGGUCAUAUGCACGUUAUGUAAGUAAAUACCAAUAACCCAAGCCUUUGUCGUAGCAGUCACUUGGUUGACUUAGUAUCUGGGUCUGUUUAAUUUUGUGCUCGGGAAUGGAGCUGGAGGGAGUGGGGCCUGUGUACAGCAGCUACCUCUCCCAGGUCCUCUCACUCACCUGCCCGACGUCCUGGUUGCAUGGCCGCACCUGUCUGUGUGCAGAGGUCUAUGUCCCAUCCUCUGCACCUCCUCUCCUGGGGCCUGGGGAGUCCCACAUGUUGCCAAGAUCUUGGUGCAAUAAAAUACUCUGUUUUUGUGA